AUGAAAGAGAUCCCGUUUCAGAACCGCGGCGAGAUGAAGGAACUGCCCUGCGCCGCCUGUGGCCUGGGGGCCGUCUUCCUGUGCAGCGGCUGCCGCAGAGUGCGAUUCUGCUCUUUCAGCUGUCAACGAAAGAUGUGGAAAGAGCACCGAGGACAAUGUCAAGGUACAUCUCGAGUGCAACGUGCAGAGGGUGCUGCGCCGGAUGGCUCCUGGGUCAUGGUCUUCAACACCGAUGCCCUGCCGGGCCACGACGCUGGCGCAGUGAGCACUGGGGGCCCCGCAAAGGCCAAGGCGGUCUGUGAGGAGAAAGGCUUUGGAGGUAUGGUCCUGUGGCAAAACACCUUCUUUCUCCGAAAGGAGCCUGCGGAGGAGUUGGUCGCUGCCAUGCAACAUGCGCAGGGCACACACCUUUGGCUGCUGCUGCCGGCCGCGCGGGCGAUGCCCAAGUGGCCGUUGCGAGAAAGGCUGGAGGAGGUGAUGGUGGAAGGAGCCAAGGGUGUGAAGAAAUGCCACGGUUUGACGGUGGAGGAGAUGGACCAACACUUUCGCGACAGCACCCCAGUGGUGCUGACUGAUGCGCAAGAGGGCUGGCCUGCGCGCGAGAAAUGGACCUUCGAGUGGAUGGCAGCGACCUAUGGCCACGAGACAAUGCCCUGCAGCGAUUUGGCGCCCUUCUUCCGUCACGUGGACCGCGGACACAUUCGCACCGUGCAGGCGCCGCUGGCGGAGUUCGUGCGCUACGUUCGAGGUGAGGCGAGCGUUUUUCAUGCACGUCAACUGGAGGAUCGCAUCUUCUACGCCAAUGGCUGGGCGCCCUUCCUGGAACGCCCGGAGCUCCUGGAGGACGUCCGCGACCGGCUCUACUGCGUCCGCGACGCCGUGCCGAAGAACGGCGCCGGCGACGGGGCGCGGGUCUUCGACGCGGCGCUGACGAAGAUCUUCAUGGGACCGGCCGGUACGGUAUCACGGCUACACCAUGACACCUAUGCGACGCAUGUCUGGCUCUCUCAGAUUCGUGGUAGGAAGCAGUUCAUCUGCUAUCCACCAGAGGAUACUGAGAAGCUCCACAGUCUGCCGGUCGACGAAGUUGAUGGCCGUACCUCCCUCUUCGAUCCAGAACACCCCGACUUCGGUCGCUUCCCCAAUGCUCGGAAGGCUCAGGCCUACAGUGUAGUGGUGGAAGAGGGCGAAACGGUGGUUCUGCCUGCGCGCUGGUGGCAUUGGGCAAAAAGCCUCACACCUUCCAUCACGCUGAUGAGGAACUUUGUGAACCAAAGCAACCUUCAGGAUCACCUGGCGAUUCGACAACGAGCAGAAAAGAUGAAAGCCAUGAAAGCGGAUCGCCAGUUCAACCUCAUGUUCAAGACUGUGACGCCGGACCACGCUCUAAAGGACACUCUGGAGCUACCGGAGGACGGUGACAAGGAGAACGAGAGGCAACAGGUGCCGCGGUUGCGGCUCAUUUUCCGUCCAGUUUUAGUGGCGCGGGCACCGGACACCACAGCGAAGAUUAUGAGCAAAAGAGUCGCAGAUCAGGAAGCUGAAGGGCCCGGCCCCAGCGGCCUGAAAAGCGAUUUGGUGCUGCGGCAGAUCGGUGACCCGACAAAGGGCUUCGUUUUCAAGGACCAAAGCAACUACAACGAAGUGGCUGAUGGGGUGGUGGCCUUCGUUCAACAGCAGCUGACCACCCUCUGCGACCUGUUGCCUUAUCCUUUGCCCACCACAGCGGCGGAUGCCAAUUCUGUGGUCUAUGCCACAAGCAACUUCCAGGAGCAUCUGGGUCCCCUGCUGCUGUUGAUCUGCGGUUCGGCGCCGGGCGGCGCCGCCGGCGUUUGGGGCCGAUCUUUGUGCAUCAACGCCUCGCUACACGAGGGUGCCAUGUUCGACUACAUCUUCCGGGCGCAGACCCUGGGUUGGGCCGUCGUCGUGGCCAACCCCAACGUCAACGACAUCUGUGGCAAGAGCAUCACGGGAUCUGAAAGUCCUCAUCGACAUUUGAGGACUUUGUGGACAUCAUACCUCAACACUGCGAAAGCCUCGAAGAUCUUGGUGGUGGCGCACUCCUACGGCGCGCCUAACCUGGUGAACUUGUUGAAGGUGGAAGCAUCUUCUCGGGAACGCCUGGCGGCGGUGGCCUUCACAGACGGUGGAGCCUUUCCACCUGGCGUUCUCUUGGAAGAGCGGAUUCCGAGUGAAGAGGACGUGGCCAACGCUGCGCCGUUCGGCAUCGACAUGAAACCGGAGCAGAUGGGCUUCCUGCGACAGACCCUGCUGCGCUUCGCAGAGCUGGCGCCCGAGGCCUUUCGCCCGGCCAUCCCUGAGGUGGCGCAGUGCCUGGAACGCGUGGGGCGCAACUUUCGCGCGGAUGGGCGAGCGCCAGGCACCCCCUUGGCCGCCUGGUCCGAGGGCGUUUGCGAUGUGAGUGCCGGACACACCAGCCACCCAGCCACGACGCACAGCGCCACGGAGCCGUUGUUUGAGUUCCUGCAGCGGGGUGCUGAUGGUCAGGCAGCUGCUGCCAAUGAGGAGCUGAGGGCACAACUGGUGCACCGCUUGCAGAACCGCGUUCUGCUGCUGCAGCGCGAACUGGAACUGCUUCGAGGCCCAAGGGGACGAGGAGCGCAGGAGCCCAUGGUGCCGGAGAAGCAGUUCCAGCAGCUGACCACGGCGCAUGCCAAGGUGGCGACUCAACUGCAAGUCCUCAAGGAGCAGCGGAACAGCAACGGCAGCAACGGCUGCACCCAAUUUAUGCGCAGAGAUACGGCAUGGGCCACGAGGCACGGGCCCGGCACGUUGGGCAUGUCGAGCCGACGUGGUAGUGCCCAGCGGUAUACCAAUGUGCUCCCACGGCGUGGAGGCCAUAUACCGAAGAUGACGGAGAGUCGCACGCGAUACUUGCCACUGGAAAUCAAAGGCUGUUGUGUUUUGAAGGAAGUCAGUCAGAACAAGUAUCGCGUGGACAACAGCGAACUAAAGGACCGGGCCCAUGGUGUCUGUUAUCGAUUGUCGAAGAGCGUCGACGACAAGGACCCCGAGCACGUCGCCUAUUGGGGCUCUGUGGUGAUCGGUCGGCCGGCGGGGGACGGCUGGCUGUGCUGCGACCUCGAUGAGGAGGGGAUGGAGCUCCUGGAGAGGCUCGAGAAGGAGAAUCCCAUUGAAACGCUGAAACGCUGUGGUCACAAAGGUCGCCUGAUGGUUUCCGGUUCCACUAGUUCUAAUGUGGACGGCCGCUGGGUGGCGCGCGGCCACACGGGGACCAAAGUCAUCGACGGCGAUAUGGUGCAGUAUGGCCUGGGCUUAAGCACCACGAUGGCCUGGGAAGGUCUCAACAGCUUUUCCAUUGACGUCAUGGGAGAAAGACGACGGGCUCGCUUGAUUGAUGACACCUUAGUCUGGAACGAUGGCGAUGUGUGGACCCGUGAUGGGCGAACACGCCAUUCCAACAUGAAGCCUGUGGACACUUAUGGAGACAGCGAGCUGGAAGCAGGGACUGCCAUGAUGCCGCCCUUUACUGCCUUCUGCCAGAAGGGAUUGAAACCCAACAGUCCCAACCAGGACGCUUGGUCCGUGGUCCGUGUUGAAGACGAUUUCUCCAUUUAUUCGGUCUACGAUGGGCAUGGCCCCCAUGGUCACGACGUGGCCAACUUCGUGAAGGACACCCUGCCGCGGCUGCUGGUGUCGCGACUCACCGAAGCGGCGGAUCUCAGGGAGAUGUUCACGGAAACCUACCGCCGCAUGCACCUUCUGAUCGACAGCGCGGAUGCCUACGACAAGCUGAGCGCGCGCUGGUCGGGCUGCACCAGCACCACGGUUGUCCACCACCAUCAGACAGGGCGUCUCAGUCUCGCCCAUGUUGGCGACAGCAGUGCAGUGCUGGGAGGUUGGGACGGCGCCAAGACUUACGCCAAGCAGCUGACCAGAGAUCAUAAGCCGCAGCUGAAGGAUGAGAUGGCAAGGAUCAUCGCAUCUGGAGGGUUGAUCGACUUUGAUGGAUAUUCAGAUUAUCGCAUCUACAACAAGGAUGGCUAUGGUGCGGGGUUGAACAUGACCCGCUCCCUGGGGGACCUGGAGGCGCAUCGCGAGACUGGCCUCAUUGCAGAUCCCGAGGUAUCAGAGCAUCAGGUUGGAGCCCAUGACCGAGUUCUAUUGCUGUGCAGCGAUGGAAUUUGGGAGUUCAUGAAGCCAGAGGAGGCGGUGGACAUCGCCCUGAAGUUCUCCGAUCCUCGGGAGGCCGCACAGGCUCUGGUGAAGGACGCUCGACAGCGCUGGAGCCUGCAGGCCGAAUACAUCGACGACAUCGUAGUGCUGGUGAUUCCACUUUCCACUAGCAAGAGCCCUCGCAGAAGCCCCGUGAACAAAGCCAGCUCGGGCGGGGCGUGA